AUGAGAUUAUUGGAAAAGCUCAAGUUCAAGAAGGCUGGGCAAAUUGCUGGACUGAAUCGAGAUAUUGACACUGAAAAAUACCUUCACCUUCAGGAAUCAGCCUUUGACGUGGAGAAAGCUAGUGUGGGGGAGAAACCCGUUGAGACUGAGAAGUCUCUUGACUCUCAAAAUGUCAGUCCCGGCCAUGAGGCCAAAUUGACUCCACGCAGUACUUCACUUUCCCGAAAGAUCCUUGCGAAUCAAAGCCUUGGGAUGAUCUACACUCAAGUCCCAUUUGAUAAAAGUAUCCAUCGGCAGCAGGACAAGGUAUGGGACUGCCUCGAAGGCCAAUAUGUGGCAAAAGACCAGAUGAAAUGGUACCUACGCAAGGUCAGCGCCCGCUGUGCUUUAUUCCCUGCAUGUCUUAUUAAUUCCAGGCUUAGGGAGACCUCAUGUCCGGGAAAAGUUCCCUCAGCUACGGUUGGCGCAGGCUAA